AUGCAUCGGCACUUAAGUUUACCUAAACUAUUCGAAUCUACUCCAAGUUUUGAAGAAAUUCUGGAUGUUAAAAUGAAGCUGAGAUCAUCUCUGCAUCAUCAAAGCUCCCAGCUUAAAACUCGCCGUCAAAGAAAUCCAUUUGCGUUAAGUUUAGGUUCAGACGAGCUGCUCGAUUUUCGCUUUGCGCCCUCCAAAUCAAAACGGCUUCCUCCCCUACUACCAUUACAGCAUAAAAUAAGACGAAAAACUUCCCAACAAUCCACCCCUAGAUUUGGAGUUCGAAAAGAAACCCCAAAUUCCUCAGGUUUCCGCUUACACCGCAGAAAUGAAAAUGCAAUAAAUAUAAAAGGAUUAUUAAGGAACAGCAGUUUAUAA